AUGGGAAAGAGGACUGUCAAGAAAGUGUCGACUGAAGAAGCUCCACUAACUGUUUCUCCCAUCAGUGCAGAAUCAAACAGCGACAAACCCCACAUCAAUCACUCCAGCUUUCCCACUACUAAAACUCUGCUUCUGGCAGCAGCUCACCCAUCCUCCAGUCCUAUUGUCAGUCAAGUAACAACACCCAAUGACUCAUCUGAUAUUAUUUCCAACAGUGGAUCUAUCCCAGAAUCUAAAUAUUAUUACCGCUCUGAUGAAUCUUUGCUCAAGCGCAACAAGUCUGGUAAGGACAAGCUAGCAAUGGCUAGUCCAUUUACAACCAACUCCGAAACUACUACUGUUGUUUCUGGUACUUAUGAAUGUGACGAUGCAUCUUCAAUGACUCUACAAACCCAUACAUGUCCUAAUGAACCUGGUCCUGCAAUAAGCGAUCUAGCAAAGUCUUCACUUGCAAUCAAUCAAGAGUUAUUUAUUGCUCAAACAGCCUCGAGGCAAUCUGCUGAACCCACUGUAACUAGCCCUAUAAUCAACAGGAACCAAUCCCAGAUGGAUCUACAGUCUCUGCAAACCACAGAUAAAAUAUGUGAACCUGUUUGUGACGAGAGUGUUGAUUAUAAAACAGAUACGGAUUCCAUCACUGACAACAACGAAACUCUCAAUCCUACCCAGCCUGGGUCACCAGUUUCCCUUUUGCCAGACAAUGAUGCUGUACUUGAGACGACAGAUGAUCCUGAUUGCAUUGCCAAGACUAAAAGUGAAGAUGCAGAGUUCACCUCGGCUGAUACAAGCCUAUCUCUAGAUCCCGAAACAGAAUCUGUAUCUCCAGCUGAACCUGUCAUUUUAGCACAGCUGUCAAGACCCUCACCGGCUGAAGCAUCUUUGACACCGCCAACGCAAAAACGUCCCAAAACCGCCAUUUCAGCCAUUUCAGCCAAUGCCGCCAACACGCAUCUCAUAAAUAGCUUGACGGACUUUUCUGGCUAUACUACAGCCAUGAAUCAAGUCAUUGCAUUUGCCGAGCCUCUGCAAAGAAACUUACGGGCUCAUCCUUUUAUAUAUUCCCCUAUUGUCUUUUGUGCUCUAUUGAUUGUCGCUCCAUUCUGCUUUAUAUUUGGACCAAUGGUGAUAUUCCUAGUUGUUGUGUACCAUUUUUUGCCUGCUUUUACUAAAGCCGUAUUUACAUAAACGGACCACUUUUGUAUUUAUCUUGGCGACUGCCUUUAUUUUGCUUGAAAUAAACAACAGUUG